GCCAGAAAGAAGCUAGGAACCGUGGGCAACGAGCCAGGCAGUGAGAGCCAAGCCGGGAGAAGAGAGCGCAGCAGGAACCGGCCGGGAGCCAGAGCCACCCAGGCACCUGGUCGUCCUCUCAACCGAUUGGCGCUCGCAGAGUGGCCCUCAGGCCCCCGCCCGGUCCCGGUCCCCCUCCCCGGGCCCCCCAUGGCCCGGGCCGCAGCCCUCCCGCCGUCAAGAUUGUCGCCGCCGACGCUGCCGCUACUGCCGUUGCUGCUACUACUGCUCCGGGAAAUCCGAGCCCAAGAUGUGCGAGUUCAGGUGGCAGCUGAGGUGCGGGGCCACCUGGGGGACACCGUAGAGUUGCCGUGCCACCUGCUGCCCCCAGCACCUGAAGUCCGAGUGUCACAGGUGACCUGGCUGCGCCUGGACACGGCCGAGGACAACCAAAACGUGGCCAUCUUCCACCCUCAGUAUGGUCCUAGCUUCCCCAGAGCGAAGCCUGGCAAGGAGCGGCUGUCCUUCGUCAAACCCGGGCAGAGCACUGGUUCCGGGCCGGGAAUGGAGGUGGAGGUGCGCGAUGCCACGCUGGCCCUCCGGGGGCUGACGGUGGAGGACGAGGGCAACUACACCUGCGAGUUUGCCACCUUCCCCCAGGGCACCAGUCGGGGGGUGACCUGGCUCAGAGUCAUAGCCGAGCCCCAGAACCACGCCGAGACCCAGGAGGUCACCCUCAGCCUGGAGCCCGUCCCUGUGGCCCGCUGUGUGUCUGCAGGUGGCCGGCCCCCCGCCCGAGUCUCCUGGCUCUCGCCCUUGGAUGGGGAGACCAGAGAGAGCCAGGUGUCAGGGCCCGUGCCUGGCACAGUCACCGUCACCAGCCGCUUCACCUUGGUACCCUUGGGCCGAGCAGAUGGUGUCAAGAUCACCUGCAGAGUGGAGCACGAGAGCUUCAAGGAGCCCGUCCUGCUGCCUGUGACCCUCUCUGUGCGCUACCCCCCCGAGGUCUCCAUAUCCGGCUAUGAUGACAACUGGUACAUUGGCCGUAGUGAGGCCACUCUGAACUGUGACGUUCGCAGCAAACCAGAGCCCACAGGCUACGACUGGAGCACGACCUCGGGCGUCUUCCCGGCGUCAGCAGUCGCCCAGGGCCCUAAGCUGAUCAUCCACUCGGUGGACAAGCUGUUCAACACGACCUUCAUCUGCACAGUCACCAACGCCGUGGGCACCGGCCAUGCCGAGCAAGUGGUCCUCGUUCGAGAGACACCCAACACAGCAGGCGCAGGGGCCACAGGUGGCAUCAUUGGGGGCAUCAUUGCUGCCAUCAUCGCUACUGCUGUGGCCGCCACGGGCAUCCUCAUCUGCCGGCAGCAGCGGAAGGAGCAGAGGCUGCAGGGGGCUGAGGAGGAGGAGGACCUGGAGGGGCCUCCCUCAUACAAGCCGCCGACGCCCAAGGCGAAGCUGGAGGAGCCAGAGAUGCCUUCCCAGCUCUUCACGCUGGGGGCCUCGGAACACAGCCCGCUCAAGACUCCCUACUUUGAUGCUGGCGCCCCAUGCCCUGAGCAGGAAAUGCCUCGAUACCAUGAGUUGCCCACCUUGGAAGAGCGGUCAGGGCCCCUGCUGCUCGGGGCCACAAGCAUGGGGUCCCCCAUCCUGGUGCCCCCUGGGCCACCUGCUGCGGAGAGGGUUUCCCUGGAUCUGGAGGACGAGGAGGAGGAGGAAGACUAUCUGGACAAGAUCAACCCCAUCUAUGAUGCCCUGUCCUACUCCAGCCCCUCUGACUCCUACCAGGGCAAAGGGUUUGUCAUGUCCCGGGCCAUGUAUGUGUAAACUGCCAUGGCCCUGGCCUCUCGCCUCUCUUUUUUGAUCCCUCAGCUUUCUGCCAGGGAUGUAGGACUCCUUGACCUCUGGCCAGGCCACUGUCAGUUAACACACAUGCAUCUCAUCUGAAUUCUACUCCGGUGGCUCUGCUAAGACUUCUAAUCCAUGAUCUCUGACCCAGAGAAAUGGGCCAUGACAAUGGAAACACCUUGACUCUUGAGGGGCUGGGGAAGGUAUGUUUCUGCACAACCUCUCACCCAAGGACCCCUAAGACUGUGACCUUAGAUCAUACCUCUCAUGUCUCACUAUCUCCAGAUCCACCCCCCCAAAAAAUCCCAAAGAAGACCCCAGAUCGCUGAUUUGUCUUCAGAUGGUGACUCCCAGUAGGUCUGCUGGGGUGGGUGUUGGGGGCAUCCUGCUGCUCAGACCUGAGCCCUCCAGGUGGCAGAGCUCCUCUCACCCAGUCCCCACCCUGCCCCCCAAAAGUGGAAGGGAGGGGAGUCCCCAGCUCAAAGCAGAACUUCCCCAUCUCCUCCCUCCUGCAGGCAGGAGUCUCAGGGUACAGACCCUUCCCUGAGCCCCCACUACCCCAUUUCCUAUCUACAGGGAACUAAGCCCCAACUCAGGGCUACAUGGGGGUUGAGCCUCAUGCUGAGUGUGCCUUGCUGACCCCAGCCUUGGGAGAAUUUGCUGUUACUUUGAAGACUACUGAGUCCCUUUACUCCUGUCCAGUGGGAUUGGACCAAGCAUCUCCCUGGAUGGGAAAGUGGAUCACCUGGGUUUGGGGAUGUGAUAUUGUUUUGUAAUAGAGCAUUUCCUACAAGAUACGAGUUUGUACUUUGA